AUGGCAGACAGCUGCACACAUCUCCCAGCAAAGCGUCAAAGUCGCAUGAAGAUCGACUCGUUGCUCAAUCCCCCAAGUGACGAGAUGGAGGACACCUCAGACUCCCCAUACACUCAACACGCGUCACUACCACACAACCCUGAAUACAAAACAUCCCCAGGCUAUCCUUCAAGCCCAAAUCAAUACUGGUAUGGCCGAUACCCCAACUACGACACAAGCCCCGCCGCCUCAACAGCCACAACAAACAUGAACAUGAACACCCAAAACCACAUGUUCCUAAACUACCGUCCAUCCGGAGGUCCAGGAUCCACACACAGCUCCCCAGACCCAUACCAUCCACGCGAGCGCUACGACUCCGUCUCCAGUAGCUCCAGCAACAACGGGACUGAUCGCCGACGACCUCCUCGACCCAAGUACGAAGAAGAGGAGAUGUACUUCAUCUGGUAUCACCGGGUUGAUCUUUGUCAGGAGUGGAAGGAGGUGCGCGAGAGUUUCAACCGCCAGUUUCCUGAACGUCAGCGUCGCGGGUUCCAGGGUAUCCAAUGCAAGUUCUAUCGCUUCAUUAAGGAGAAGAGAUGUCCAACGCUGAGAGAGCAGCGUAGGAUGCGGGACGGGGAGUUCCUGCGUGAGGGUACGGCGCUGUCUGAGUCUGGUGCGCCGCGCUUUGGGGUCAUGGAGUGGGCGAAUGUUUGGUACCCCUGGAUGCGUGAGACAGAGGAGAUGGCCCGUCGGCAACAGCAAAUGAACCAGCAGCGCUUGUCGGUGGCAUGA